AAUUUGUUGUUUCUGCCGUUUUGCUAGACGUGGCUUCAGACGAAACCCUGACGGAACAUAGACCACGUACAAAACCACACAAACACAGAAGGAUAACGUCGCCGUCGUCCUCGCCGCCGGCGCCGAUGACUUCGCCGUCCGCCCCCGUCCUCCACCGCCAAAUCCUGCCCAGACCCUUAGUACCCUCCUGCCGCGUCUCGCCCCGCACCCCCGCAUCCGUCGCGGCGCAGCCGUCGCCGUCGCCGAGGAGAAUAUGGCGCCUGCCCCUGCUCCGAUCGUCGCUGCCUCCCGAAGGAUCCCCGGCGGAGCUUGUAGCAGAGGACUCCAAGUUCGUGCCGCUGAACGCCGAGGACCCGAUGUACGGACCGCCGGCAUUGUUGCUCAUCGGAUUCGAUAAAAGCGAGACCGUCAAGAUUCAGGAGUUCCUAAAGGAGCUGGACGGUGAUUUCCUCAAGGUAAUUAAGUUUUGCGCCUGCUGUAACAGAAGUUUACAGAGAAAGGAACAGGUGAUUCAUUGUACAGAAGAAAUGACGAAACAAACUUUGUGGGAUGCUAUGCACACUGAGCAGCCUAAUGUAGAAGCUGUCAAGAUUAUGAAAUCUCCGCAGAGAAUAUGCAUCUUUUCUGGUCUGACCGGUGAGGAGAUGAUGAUGUUCAUCAACGCCUUCCCAGAAACAGGGUUGGAACAAGCCGCUUUCGCAGCACUUGUUCCCAACAGCGCAGAGAAGGUUCUUGCUGAGGUGAUCGAGGAAAUAAUGGGUGACCAUGAGAUGCUGACGGGAAAGAAUUCAGCAUGAAGGUAGUAUGUCUCAGGUAGUGACCUGUCCGCAGAGACAAAAUCAGGCAGCAUUGAACUGAUCCUCAAAUGGUCUCUUGAAAUCGUCCGCUCCAAGUGAUCCACCGUGUAAAUGUCAAUCCUUCGACUGUCUCCAUCUGCUGGUAAAUGUUAAUCUACUAGCUACUGUUUCAAACCCGCAGCUGCAAGCCCUGCAGCUAGAUCACUGUUCAUUUGAAACUGAGAUGAACAUUACUGAGGCUUUUCUUGACGUAACCAUGUAAUUACAAUCUUUUUUGUUGGAAGCACUUAAUUCUUGGACAGUUCUUCUGGUGUUCGAUUAAGGCACAGAAUCUCUCAGCAUGCCUAUCCACAUACAACUUUUAUUCCUUUUUACUCCAUGAAAAGGAUGGUACUCUGUAUCCUUUGCUUCAACCGUGGUGCUACAGUGUAGUGAAUAAUUCUACUGUCUACAAUGAAUAAUACUAUAUUUUUUUGCGGGAAACAAUGAAUAAUACUAUUGUCUUUCUUGAA